UGCAUACAUUCGCUACGCACCGUGUGUGUUCCCUUUCUCGUUCUUGCCGCGGUGAUUUCCAUCCAGCGAGGGUGUGUUUCCGCUCAGCUGCCAACUUGUAUCCGAUAGCAUAAACCACGCAAACACUACCACCACCAACAACGCGUUUCGGAAGAUACGUACUCCACUUCCACACCCGGUGCAUUUACCUCCUUGCCUCGUGUCUGUGUAACGGGCCACAAACAAACAAACAAAUUUCGGUGGACCACCACAAGAGCAAUGUGUGUUUGGUAAAUCUUCAGUUCAUCCGUUCCAAGAGGCACUGCCUGCUGCAACAGCAUUAAAACGCAUAUCUUUUGUCCCGCGAGUGCACAUGUGCACGGGUGCGUUUGUUUCUGUGUGUGUGUGUGUUUUGUGUAGGUGUGCAGGAGGGAAGGAGGGAAGUAAUAAUAAAAAAAAAGAAAAACGAUGAACUUAUGCUUUCUUAAGUGCUGCUCGUCGAGUUCGUUGUCGUUUCCCUUGCUCGGUCGCUUACAAUUUUCAGCUCGCGCGCCGUUAUUGGCUAAACACACAUAUCCCUCGGCAAGGGCAGCCGUUCACACAGAAAGCGUAGCAUAAUCGUGCGGCAUCCAUCCCCCGUUACAGCACAUUCUUUGUUGUGUGCGCGUGUGUGUUUGUGUGUGCAUUUUAUGCUGAAGCCUUACCAUUUCUCGGCGAGCUGUACACGCUCCUGGUGGGACGGUGAAUGGUGGCAGUCAUAAAAAUUGGAAACAAAAUAUAAAAGUCAAUUUUUUAUUCCCUCUUUGCAGCAAGCGCACCCCGUUUAUACGCAAUCGCUUUCAACGAACGGUGCGGAGUUAGUGGUGUAGUAGCAGUAGCAAUAGUAGUAGUAGUGAUAGCAGCAAGAAGCAGACAACGGUAGCGGUUCAAAAGAAAUGAAGUGGUUCCGUACGGUUUUAAUGGAGUGUUAGACAAGUAUUUAUUACCAGCAGUGUAUAUAUACGUACAGCCCGGUUCCAUUGGAGUACGGUAAAAAAAAGAAAACAUAAAACUACACAGGUAGACACAAACAAAAAUUCUACUCUAUUGGCACCGUUACUGUGGAGUUGUGAAGUGUCGGAAAAAAAGGAAAUCUAACUGUUGCAUUAAGCCCACUGCAAUGAGAAGUGAACCCGAUGAGCAGUGAGUGAAAAGUGAAUCAUCGGAUUGUGAAUAUCGAAUUUCUUCGUGUGUGGUUUUCCAACUGUCUACUACCAACGUCACGAAACGUAUCAAAACCACGGUUGGGAAAGUGGAAAACGUGGAAAAGCUGCUUCAUUCCCCCCCCGGCAAAGCCCACACACACACCCACUGUUGUGCCCGGCGCUCCAAUGUUUUAGUGUGAAAAACGUUAAAAGCAUAAAUUCUAAUCGACCCAAAACAACAGAGGGUUCAAUUCGUAGGCCUGCUUCGUUUGCCUGCUCAAAAGUUAAAACCAUCUACUUUGUGUGCGGCGCGUGUAUGGGUGGGAAAAUAAAUUUCCUAUCCAAGAGUGCGUGUUACCAUCGGCAGUAACGCGCAGUCGGAAAACAUCAGCCUUCUACACGGUCCAUUUGAAAAAGGUGCUCGCCGCAAAAGGAAAACCCCAUUUUCCAUCGGGGGGGUGAAGCACUUUCCACGGCGGCGCUCGGUGUGCGUGUGUGUGUGUGUGGGGCGGUGGGUUUAACGGUCGUGCCGAAAUUAUGUUAAAAGUGAUUUACAUCCUCACGAUUGCCGGUUGUUUACAUUCGCCAGUGACUUUCGGUCGCGAACAGCAAAUCCACCAGAACCAGCCGUACCAUUACACCUCGGACACUUCCAAUGGGCUGACAUUUACACCGUCCGGUAAGGCCGGAUACGCACGAACAGGGAACGGUGGUGGCUACUCAACAAAUGCCAAGUUUAACCGACGGAAGAAGACGGAAAAGUUACACCAGGAUGGUAACUCACAGUACCGUGACGAGGAGGACACGAUCGAGCCGGGCGUGUGUCAGGUGUAUACUGGUGCCACAUGCGAACAGUACCUACGCAAUCAAACCGUCUUCGUGACGCCGGACAUCACGAUGGAGUUGCUGGAGGAGCGACUGAAGGCGGCGUACGGUGUGAUCCGUGAGUCGAAAGACAUGAACGCCAACUGUCGCGUGUAUGCAUUGCCCAGCUUGUGCUACAGCAUUCUACCCGUCUGCCGUACGCCCGAACUGACCAACCAUCAGUACUUUGCCAACCGUGCUGCGGCGGAAGCAGCACGCCGAGCAGCAACCAUCGGCCGGGGGAAGUUUAAAGCGCACGAGAAGAAAAACAACCGCAAACAGCCGUUGCUAAAAGCGUCCCUUUCAACGCCUGUUCCGUACGAAAGUACCAUGAGUAGUGGGUCACUGUUCAACGAUACGCCUACGACCACGGAACGGCUUCGGAUAUAUUUUCGUGGCGGCGUGACACCGGACCUUGGGGGACGCUUUUUCGACGGUGACAUCGUUACGGAACAUGCCGUGCCAGCACCACGGUACGACAAUACCAGACGGGGUCGAAGGGCCGCCCAGCAGGAUUAUCGGUACGUUCAACCGGGCGAGGAAGUAUCCGUGCUGUCGUACACUUCGUCAUCGGGUCCGAAAAAAUCGUACCCACCUACGCGGAACACGGAAAAUCUGCGACGCAUCUGCCGGAACGAUUGUGAACUGCUGGAAAACGAACUUUGCCAGAAGGAGUACGCCAUUGCGAAACGACAUCCUACAAUUGGGCAAAAGCUUCCGCUGGAGGAGUGCGACGAUUUACCACUGCAGAAGAGUGUCGAUGGAACGAUCUUGAAUGGCAUCGGUGGGUUGGGAAGUUCGGGCGAUAUGGAGUGUAUGCGGUUGGGUAUCGAUUUGGACAUUAAGCCGGACGAUGAUUGUUACUGGGAGAAUGGGGCGAGCUAUCGUGGCAUUAUGGAUCGAACGAAGUCGUCCAAAAUUUGUAUGCGCUGGUCAAAGUUGAUGCACACGAUGUCGGAGUUCCCGCACCUGGCUGGACACAACUAUUGCCGGUAUGUAGUUGAUGGGUUUUCGGUCCUCGUCGUCCCAAUAAUGUUCUUUGUGCUUUCUUUUUGCAUUAGAAAUCCACCACAUGCUGGUCCAAUGGAUGCUCCCUGGUGCUAUGUGGACAUGCAGAAGACCAUCGAGUACUGCGACAUUCCGAAGUGUUCCGAGCGAAUGUGGAUGUACAUUAUCAUCGGUUUCAUAGCCGUUAUCUCUCCGCUGUUUAUCGGUGUAGCUGUGUUUUGUUGCCGGAAGUAUCGCAAGCAUGGUGUAUCCAACAUCCAAAAUAUCAAUCUACCGAAUGCGGACAAGAACAUUUACGGCAAUUCGCGACUCAACUCACCGAUCGAGAUGACGUCCCUGAUAGCGAAUCAAUCAUCAACCGGUGCCGCUAGCCGGAACGCAGAAAAUGGUGGCAUUCAGGGUUUAACCACCGGUCAGCCCGGUAACGGUGGUACCGCCGGUCAGUCGUCACAGUCGCGUAACAAUGGUAUCUCGCGCGUUCCCCAGUACACGCUGCAGGACGUGCGCUUCGUCGAGGAGUUGGGCGAGGGUGCGUUCGGCAAGGUGUACAAGGGUGAACUGACGCAGAAGAAUGGCGAGCGGAUCUUCGUCGCGGUGAAAGCAUUGAAGGAAAAUGCGAGCGCGAAAACGCAAGCCGACUUUAAGCGCGAGAUCGAGUUGAUAUCCGACCUGAAGCACGACAACAUCGUCUGCAUCUUGGGUGUCGUACUCAAGGAGGAACCACUCUGCAUGCUGUUCGAGUAUAUGGCGCAGGGCGAUCUGCACGAGUUUCUGAUCGCAAACUCACCGAACGAGGGCAAAUCGUUGAGCCAGCUGCAGUUUUUGCUGAUUGCGCAGCAGAUUUGCGAUGGCAUGGAAUAUCUGGCAAGUCAUCAUUACGUGCAUCGCGAUUUGGCCGCGCGGAACUGUCUGGUGGGCGAUAGUUUGACGGUCAAAAUUUCUGACUUUGGUCUGUCGAGGGAUAUCUACAGCUCGGAUUACUAUCGCGUUCAAUCGAAGUCCCUUCUGCCCGUACGCUGGAUGCCUUCGGAGUCGAUUCUUUACGGCAAAUUCACAACCGAGAGUGACGUUUGGUCGUUUGGUGUUGUGUUGUGGGAAAUUUAUAGCUACGGUUUGCAACCUUACUAUGGAUACAGCAAUCAAGAAGUUAUCAAUAUGGUUCGCGCCAGGCAGCUAUUACCUUGUCCAGAGUCUUGCCCAAGCGCAGUUUACUCGCUGAUGGUAGAAUGUUGGCAUGAGCAAGCCGUACGACGACCUACGUUCCCGGAGAUUGGUCAUCGGUUGAAGAUAUGGUAUCAAGCACAGAAGAGAAGUGAACAAAACGAGCAAGGAGGUUUCAAUCGUAAGGGCUCAAUGUUAAGCGUCAAUACGAAUCGCAUGUCCUCGCAGGGCAAUCUAAACAUUGCUACACCAUCGUCCUCAUCAAGCCAUCAUUCACUAAGCCGGGAGCGUAACGGUGAAGGGCGAUCAGAUCAACAGUUGCAGCAGCAGCAACAGCAACAACUUCAACAACAGCAACAGCCACUUCUUCCCCAAACACAGCAGCGAAAACAUCAUCAUCAUUCGUUGGAACGUGAAAAAAUCCUACGAACGAAUCAAUUACAGCAUCAGCAGCAACAGCAGAUGCAACAAACGUCCCAGGUGGGGCCACCGCAUUCGGCCACAUCUCGACCACACCAUCAGCACCAUCAGCAUCACCAUUCGCUAGAUCGUAGCAACAAUGGCAGUGGUCGGUUGGAUGAAUCCGCUUGUUCCGCUGGUGAUCAGUACGAGACGCAGAGUAACCGUAGCUUCUAUCAUAAUGCAAGCGCUAGCCGAAGCAACAAAAGCAUCCACUCGAUGCAGGAACCGGCACAGCAUCACGCAAACCAUCAUGCCCAUGCCCAUCAGCAUCAUUCGCACGGUCAGCAACCACAGCCACCGAUGGGAGGACACUCGCAAGGAUACAAAAAUUUUAGCCUGCCACGGAAAAGUAUCGACAGUGGGCUGGAAUAUGGAAUGGAGGCUGAUUUUAGCGGUGUGGUUACGAGCAGUCCUGGUUAUCCAGCCGCAGGUCGGGCAGAAAUUAAAGCACGUCCUCCGAAGGAUCCACAUCGGCACCAUCACCAUCAUCAUCACCAUGGUUCGGGGCGUAACAGUCGAAACCGGAUUGACGCAGUCACCGCAGUCGGUAGUUCCAUAUCGUCCCUGCCCGGGAGUAGUGAUAUAGCGUCUGAGUUGGAUCGUCAAGCACAGCAUAUACCAAAGAACAGCACACAAUCGCUAGUGACCGGAAACCAACCGAUGGUACCGCAGCCCAACCCAGGCAUGCCGCCGAUCGGGCGUAAAGCAAGUCAUAGUGGAAGCAUUCUUAGUGUUGCCAGCAGUACGAGCGAACAGUGCGGGGUAGCAGGUGGCGGCGGUGGAGGCAUCAGUUCCUUUCAGCCCGGUUUCAGUUCACCUUCGCCGACCGUACAGUCCGUUGGGAAUGGUGUCGCCGGUGGAGGUGAUCCAAUGUUGCCACAGAGCGCUCUAAUGCAGUCAUCCUACCACGAAGGAUAAGGCAAAUGGUUUUGCUUUUCACCCGUUUUAACAACUAGUAGCCUAGAUUAAGGAAAGAACAGUCCCCGUGAAUGUGCGGUUUUUUUUUUAUUUUAAACGGGCUCCAGUGCAGGAACAGAUAGGUAAACAACCGGCAAGCAAAGGUCGGAAGUUCGGUUUCAUUUCAAUUCAUCACACAAACACAAACAGCUCAAAUACAGCAUCCACCUUUCAGGAUGAUGUGCCAUAUUGCGAUCUCAAUGUUGGACUGCUAGUGCAUAGGAAUUAGCGUUAGGAACACCCCGUUUACCUUACCGCGUCGUGUGUGUUCAUGUUUCAUUUUAAUUUAAUUUUUUCCCUAUUCAAACUCUCCUGCUGCAUGGAAAUGUGCAGCUUUAGGUUAAUCUUGCUCGCAAUUCAUCACUCUCUAUAUCCCGUUCCAUAGACUAGAAUCGUGUAGCUAUUGCUACGCACAAACCAAAAACAAAACAGACUUUAAUGUUCUCCUUUUUAGAACUGAGCAUAGAUAAAUUAAUUCACUGUUUUAGGUACGAAAGAGUACUGCCGUGUAGCGGGUUUGGAAGAAAAGUCAUAGAUAAACCCAUAAUAUCUCAUUAUACUCUACUAGCUUUUACUUUGGACUGAAUUUAUUACCGUCUUAUGUUAUGUCUUAAGUAUCGCAGCAAAACAAACAAACAAAUGGAACUACCGUCGAACCGUGUCCGUGUUCUCAUUCCAAGUGCAACUGGCCAGCCGCCAAUAGGGUGUCUGCUGGAUGGAAUUUUUAAAUCGUACGUUAAGCCCAAUGCCCCAACGGGAUUUAUGCAUUUUAUGUGCUGCCGACCGCCAACCGAACGGUUUCGGCGAGGUUCACAACAAGCAGCAGCAGUCUCACAACACAGCCAAGCAAACCAAGUCAUCGAUGAUUCCGUACCAUCCUAUGUAUCUAUUAUGAAGGAAGUGGGUAAAACAAAACAUAAGCGAAGCGUUACAAAACAGAGAACCAAGAGACUAUGUGCAGUGUGGCAAUAGGCAGCUGAAGGGAAAAAAUAAUGAUAAUAGUGAAGAAAGCGAAUUCACAUAAAGAAUAAUUAAUUUAACUAUCAUGAUAAGAUACAAAACGGUUUAAUGUAUAAGGAAAAAUAUAUAAAACAAAUAGGCGCCCAACAUUAUCAUCCUUCAUCCUUGGGUGGAGUUGAGUGGGCGGUCGUGUUUUUUUUUUCGCGCAUUGGUGCUAAGUGCGGCAACCGUUCAGUCAGUGCGACCGGAAUCGCCUAUCGGCCACACCUCAAUUUGUGGGUUUCCUUCGAACAGCUCCAAUGGGGGUGAGGGGAACCGCAAGUCACAUUUUGUGACAUUUUUAUGCAAAGUGCAAGAUAACAGAAGAAAAACCAAAAAACCGUGUAAUAAUAUUAGUAAGACAGAUCUUUUUUGCAUGUGAAAAAAUAAAUACAACAGCAACAAACAAACACACACAAA